CUGACGUCUUGCGGCCGAGUCCCGUCACGACAGCGUGCCCCCUGUAAACAACACGACGUCACUUCCGCUCUAAUAUUGACAGAGGCACAACAAGAGAAGCAGAAGAGAAAAACGUCCGAGCAUCGGACACAGCGACGGGAUGAAGGUCCUGACUCUCCAGCAGGGGGCGGGGGAGGGGGAGGAGAGCGGCUGGUCGCCUGUGGACACCAAUAACCAAGAGAGCCUCGAGGACAGAGAACAGGAGGACUGUCCUGAGGAAGAACACGUGGAUGAGACGGACAAAGACCAUCCCAGGCCAGAAGGUGGCGUCAUGUGGCGAAUGGGUGGCGGCCUGUUUAGCAUGACACGAAACGUUGUCGGUGCAACGCUCGGGGGUGUCGCAUGGGUAGGAACCAAAAGUUUUGAGCUGACCAAGACAGCUGUGACCAGUGUCCCAACAGCUGGCGUCGGACUGGUCAAAGGCAGCGUCUCCAUGGUAACAGGAGGCGUCGGCGCAGUGGGAUCUGCCGUGGCAAGUAAAGUAACGCCGAGAAAAAAGGACAAAGCGGACUGAAGUGUGGGUGAAGGUCAUGUGUGAAUGUUGGCGUGUGCAGAGGUGGAAUGGAGCGAGAGGUGAACCGGUACCGAUUUGUUUUUUGUGGCGAUGUGAUGCUAAAUGGGACUCGUCCAGACUGAUCUUUGUGGAUUCUCUUCAGUUGACAGCGUAUACAACAGUGAUUCUGAUAAGUGGUCAUGAAAACAUUUCCCACAAACAUUAGACUAACUUACUUGUCCAAAUAUUAUUCGUAAAACUAAUAGCAUGUUUAGCAUUAGCCCUCAGCAGGCUGCUAACGUAGCAUGACACAACUUGGAACAGCUCAGGUAACGCUAUGUUUUCUGUUAGCCUCUUCAAACUGGGCAUGCUCAGCUCACUGUGGCUCCCCCCACCUUUAACUCCAGUUAGUGCAGCUAACGAGCUUCCCUGGUCUACUGCAAAGUACUUCAAGGCUAAAGACGUGUUAGCGUCAUCCCCUGUUCUCCGACAUGGAACACAAGCACGAAACGAUUGGCCACAAAAAUCAGACCAUGUCCAAUCACUGUCUGAUCGUUUGGUGCGUCUCCAGUUUAAAUAUAGUUUGUGUUGUUUACGUCGUUUAACUUCUAAUCUUCAUCUGUGAGAGCUGUGGACAGAAACCAACAACAACUGUCCACGGUCACGUCCACAGUCACGUCCACAGUCAGUAGUCUUCACUUAGUGCUGCACGUAUGUAGCGGUGAACGAGGGGGAGGAGUCAAACUGACCUGCCUGCUGCACAUCAACGAUAUUAUCAUUUUCAUGUGAGCUUUUACUUCACAUCCUACAUUUCAAAACGUCACAGCUCCUCCAUGUUGUAUUUCUCAAAACUGUCCACUAGUUCCUGUGACAUUUCCAGACUGACAGAAGUAGAAGUAGUAGUUCUGGACCCGUGCUCGUGCCCGUAGUGCUGGGUCGCUCUGCUCAACAAGUCACAUUCCUCCUGAGUCCACAAACACAACCGCAAACGUUUGAGACUUUUCACAGAACUGGUUCAGUCAGUUAAUAAUGCCUCUGUGCCAGAGCACAGCUGAUAAACAGUUCUGGUUCUUGGUUAAAAAAUAAAGACAAAUUCAAAUACAAAGUUAGCAUCGUAACACAUGACGGCUCCGUGUUAAUCAAAGUGUUUUAGAAAUUUAGACAUGUUGCUUGGAUGCACAAGUCACCAGUAUGAGGCGCUGUAGCUCAGGUUUUCACUUCGACUUUCUUGGAAACCUUUGUGCUGUUAUUAUUUUCUGGCUCCUCCUCAGGAGUACAGAACGUUUGUUCUUGGCCAAAUGUGUGUUCACGUGUGAAUGAGUUGACAAAGAAAAAAAAAAAAAAAAUUGAACUACUGCUGAAUGAACAAGGCACAAGGAGAAAACAGGAAACAAACUUCACCGAGAUGUUUAGGAAAUUAAAACUGUUAACUCACCAACAGAUUGUCAAUGGGGGGGGUUGGGGGGGGGGGGGCUCAGGGCACAGGAAUCAGGUUCCAAGAUCAGAGAAGAAAGGAAACAAACAAAACGAGAACGAGCAAUUAAGAGUGGAGACCCAGACCAGAUCGGGUCAGACCCGGUUUGGUCAGACCCGGCUGGGCAGGAACAGAGAGGGUUAGGGUCAGCAGUGAGCCACAGAAGUACAGAGCGAGGGCGAGAGGUCAGACACCCAGGUGACCAGGUGAGAGCAGUGAGACUGACGACCAGAGAAGCUCAGCUGAGGGUGAUGUCACUGAUUGUCCUGAGUGUCCAUGACUCACCUUCUUCUGGAGAGAACUGGGGUUUUUUUUCACCAGUUCUGGUUCUUUAUUUCACCCCUUGAAUUUCCCGCCCGUGCUCUGAGACUCAUGUUACUAUGAACCAAACUGUGCAUCAGUGCAGGGUUUUUAUAACCAGGUGUAGAAGAGGGAACGUUACGACGUGAACGUACUUGAUGUGAAUCUCUGUGAUUUCAUUGUUGCUGUGAAUCUUUAUUUUGAUAAAAAGCGGAGAACUCCUCCGGCUGCUGCAUGUUCCAUGACAGUGUUUGACACAUAUGUAAAUGAAAAAGGCUGUUAAUGUCAUUUAUUUAUACCUUCACACCCCCCACCUCCCCUCCCCCCCUCCGUCCCUCCUGUGUUGGAUUCCUUUCAGAUGGAGCAAAUUUAUGUAACAGAGACCUAUUUUUGCAAAGACUGUAAAAAUAAAUAAAAAUUCAAAAACGUG